AAGCGGCGGACACGCUCGGCUUCUCCUAACUUUUGCCUCGCCGUGGAAGCGAUCCUGGUGUAGCUCGCUCGCUCGCUGCUUGCUUCGAAGGGAUCUCGGUAGAGUGGUGGUGAACUGGCGAUGGAGUUGCAGGGGCUGGGGAGGUACUGGGGCGUGGGCGGGAGGAGGUGCGGGUCGUGCGCGGCGUCGCCGGCGGCGGUGCACUGCCGGACGUGCGCUGGGGGCGGUGAUGGCGCGUACCUCUGCGCGGGGUGCGACGCGGGCCACGCGCGGGCGGGCCACGUGAGGGUGUGGGUCUGCGAGGUGUGCGAGCUCGCGCCGGCCGCGGUCACCUGCAAGGCCGACGCCGCCGCGCUCUGCGCCGCCUGCGACGCCGACAUCCACACCGCCAACCCGCUCUCGCGCCGCCACGAGCGCGUCCCCGUGCUGCCCAUCGGGACGCCGUGCUCCGAUCAUCAGGACGCCGCCUUCGCGGUGUCGUUCGGCGGCCAAGACCAAGAGAAGCAGGGCGCCGUGCUGAACCUCAACGACGACGCGCUGGAUCAGGCUUUCGACGCCGGCGGCGGCAAGGACGGAGCCAAGCUAGACUUCCUGUUCGCGGACGUGAUGGUGGACCCGUUCUUCGGCUCCGACCUCCCGCGCUUCCCGCACGCCGACAGCGUCGUCCCCAACGGUGGUGGCGCGGUGGAGUUCGACUUUGGUGGCGUCAUCUCCAAGCCGUCCUCCUACAGUUCCUACACGGCGCCCUCGCUCGCUGGAAGUGGCUCGUCGUCGGAGGUCGGGCUGGUGCCAGAUGCGAUGUGUGGCCGCGGCGGCGGAAUCAUCGAGCUCGACUUCACGCAGUCCAAGGCGGCAUACAUGCCGUACGCCCCCACCCCUAGCCACAGUGUUUCGUCUGUAGAUGUGGGGGCGGUGCCGGAGCGGCCGACCGACGGCGCCGUCGUGGCCGGCGGUAUGGUGGCCGCUACGCCGGUGACCGGGGAGGGGCGGGAGGCGCGUCUGAUGCGGUACCGCGAGAAGCGCAAGAACAGGCGGUUCGAGAAGACCAUCCGGUACGCGUCCCGGAAGGCCUACGCCGAGUCGCGGCCGCGCGUCAAGGGCCGCUUCGCCAAGCGCACCGACGACGCCGACGCCGAUGCCGACGCGGUGACCGCGCCCACGCCGCGGCCAUACGUGCUCGACUUCGGCAACUACGGCGUCGUGCCCACCUUCUGAGGCGACCAGAACGCUGGCCGGCCGGGUGCCUAAUUAAGUUUAACCCGGCACGGCGAAGCGGCAUGGCACGGCAGCGUACGUGCUGCCGCGCACUUGUAUAAUUGCUUGCAUGUAAUGUUUUUCCGAGCUGGAUGAUCACUGGCUGGGGUGUUCACUGAACAUGCAUGCACGCACGUAUGUUUUGCUAGAACUAGAAUAAUACUGCUAGUUCUAGUUCAAUAGUCUACUACUAGUACCCUUUUGGGGGCUUAGCUUGAUGGAGAUUAGGCUAGGAACAAUGUAACGUGUUUGCUAGAACAGCUAGUUCUAGUUUUGGGUCGCAAAGAAUAUAACGGUUAAGUUAUGCAUUAUCUUAAAAA